GACAUAAACGGCUCUUUUCUAACUGUUAGCCUUCCUUUUGUUUGUAAAUGUGUAAUUUGUUUUGUGGCACACGUAGGGAACAGAACAAACACGAAGGAAUCUCAAAAAGGCUGCUUAGGUGAACUUUCUUGAAUCUGACUAAUGGUAAUUGCGUCUUAAAGCCAAAUGACCUUGGUGCUGCAUUUUGAAAACAAAUUUUGUUGCGCUUUCGUUACUACUUAAAGCUGUUUUCGUUUUUCUCCUCCUAAGUGUGUAACCUGUCACGUUCAGAAUUUAAAGUCAACAGAAGGCAAUGAUGACGCAGUGACGACCAAGGGCACUAUUUGUCUGCUUCUUUUCUUUAUUCCUAAACCGCUCGCUUCCUGGCCAAUCCCUUGUUGUGGGCAUGUGCCAUUGUCCGGGGUCAUCAUCGUCACUGGCGCAGCGCGUGCUGCGCGAGAAUCACGCGCUCAGAAGAUAACGUAGAAGAAGCCCCACGGUUCGCCGAGUCCAGGCGUCGCUCCUUCUCACGGACCUCGAGUCUCGACCUUCUAAGCUCUCAGCUACUACCUUCAUCGAGGCAUGGCCGACGUGAAGAAGGACAGCGUGUCCAGUGCAGCCUCCAAGUCUUCUUCGACCGGAAAGUCGAGCUCUUCCAGUAAGGACAGCAGCAAGCCAACGAAACGCAAGCACUCGCGGGCUUCGACUACCGAAACCAGCGGCAAGCCCAGCGACUCCUCCCAUCAAGGCAUGGCCGAGGCGAGGAAGGCCAGCACAUCCAGUAUAGCCUCCAAGUCUUCUGUGUCCGGAAGGUCGAACUCUUUGGGGAAGGACAGCACCAAUCCUACGAAACGCAAGAAAUCGCGGCCUUCGAUCGCAGAAAGCAGCAGCAAGAUUUCAGAGGGUCCGGCUGAACCGAAAGCGCCUGUUGCAGAAGUUCCUGCCGGGCCUGCAGAUGCAAAGGUGACCAAAUCAAAAGAAAAGAUUCCGCUAGUCCCGGAUGCAACGAAAGCGCCCCUGCUGGAAGCGCAUGCCGGGCCUGACGCUUCAAACGAGCCCCCGAAGGCGACCAGCUCAAAAGAAAAGGAACCGCCACCACCGCCGGAAGAGCCCCAUGGGCAGCACCCUUCAACGGAUGCUUCAAAGGCGAUAACGUUCAAAGAAAAGCACGUCGAAUCGAAUGAGAAAGCUCAAGAAAAACCCAUGCACCGCGGCAAGGUGAACAUGCUGGUGGUCGUCCCAGCGCUGGUCCUCUUGAUAGCCGCGAUCGCGGCUGUCAUCUACAUGAUCACCUUGGAUAAGCCCCGGAAGCGCGUGGACACGUGCACGAGCGACGACUGCGCUGCCUUUGGCCGAGAGCUACGCGCGGCCGUCAACUGGUCGGUCGACCCGUGCCAAGAUUUCCACGCGUUCGUGUGCGGCGGAUGGAGCGACCCCAAGCGACGAGAAACGACCGAGUCGCGCAUGGUGGCUGCCGCCUUGGAUCUGGCGAUCGGGGAAGCUAAAGCUGACCUGACGUAUCGCAGCAAGGCGACGCAGUUCUUUGAGAGCUGCACCAUGGCCGGUAAGUGGCCGCAAAAGAACCUGAAAGAAUUCGCCGAUCUCCGGCACUCCUUGGGCCUGCCCUGGCCCGAGCGAAAGCCCAGCAGCGCAACGCACCCGCUCGACAUCAUGGUGAACCUGGCGCUUAACUGGGAAAUGAACUUCCUCUUCGACCUCGGCACCGUUACCGUAAGGAAUUCUACCGCGCUGCUCGUCUCCCGCGGUCGCCUGGAUGCCGUGUGGGAGGAGAAGUCGCGCAGUGUCAGGACGAACGAAGCAACGUACGAGGUUUACGUGAACGAUUACUACCAAGUCCUCAACACCAGCAGUGCGCAAUCUGGCGUGGGAGCAGCUGACCUCCUCGGCAUCGAGACGGCCUUUCUCAACGCGAAGCGCGAGUUCCUAUACGACACUCCUCGGCAAGAAUGGUUCGAAGUGGCCGCCCUAGACUCCAAGACGCCGUCUGUUAAGAAGAGCAAGCCACGAGACGCCGUCUCGUGGCUUGCUCUUCUGAGGAAGCACGACAGACAGUUCGUAUGGACCGGCAACGACACCGUGAUCAUCGAGGAUUGCAAAAUAUUGGAGAGCAUCGACAAGCUGCUGAAGGGCAUGGACCACGACAAGCUGAUCAUCGGGCUCUCGUGGAUGUUCAUUCAGACGCACCUCUGGGCUGUUUUGGGGAAACCUUCACUAAGAUUCGGCAGCAUCAACAACCUGACACAGAUGAAGGAGCGCGGCUGCAUGGAAUACGUCGAAUCUCGUCUAGGGCUGCUCGGCUGGGCGACGACGCUAACCGAGCGCUUCGGCACGAAGGAGAACCGACUGAACAUCGCCAGUUUCCUGUACCGAAUCAACGCGCAGACGAAGCGCCUAAUAAACAAGCUCAGCUGGAUGGACCACGAUAGCAAGCAGAUGGUCUUCUCGAAGCUGGACAAGAUGACCCGCACCAUACUGCCAGGGGACAGCUUCUUCGACGCUAAGGAACGCGAUAGGCUGUACGCCAUCUUUCCCGAAAUGCGCGGCAAGACCUUCGUGACAAAUCUAGUCAAGACGUCCGAGAUCUACCGGGCGCUACGCAACCACAAAUACUUCGCGGACGUGUACAGCGUUCGCAUGUUUCCCCGGUUUGGUCGCGAGCGUUACCUCUACCUGCCAGACUUGAUGACGCUCGCGUUAGUGAAUCUGAGCCCGCCGAUGUACUACAAGGAGGCGACGCUGGCGAUAAACUACGGUGGCCUAGGCUCCUUCGCGGCUCGACAGAUGGCCACGACAUUCGACGAUAUCGGCGUAACGGUGGACGACUUGGGCAAGCACCGAACGUGGCUCGGAGCCGAGGCGGCAGCAACGCACGAGAUCAAGGCUAACUGCAACGUGCACUCCGGCUCGGACAGCUCGCGGUGGCGCCCGAUGCGCGCGCUGCCCGUCAUGCCCGGGCUGGAGAUUGCUUACGAGGGCUUCUCGGCGGGCGUGGCGGCUGACUUUCGAGCUCUGGAAGACUUCAAGGUGCUUCAUCUGGAAGCGUUCACAGACUUACAGAUCUUCUUCCUGGCGUACUGUUAUGCAGUGUGCGCAAAGCGGCCGCAGACCAUGCGCGAUGAUUGCAACGUUCCGGCCAUGAACUCGCCCAUUUUCGCAGAAGUGUUCCACUGUCCCGCAAACGCGCCCAUGAAUCCGCCAGACAAAUGCACUUUUUUUUACUAAUGAACAAUUGCGGCAGUUGUAACUUUUUUAACGAGCGAACGCCGCCCACGUCGGAGAACAACGGCUCAGCGAUGUAAGUUUAAUAUGAAUGACGUCCUAGCAUCG